UCGUACUGCUCCCACCCUCGAUGCCUUCGCUUUCGGGACCUCCGCCUCCCGCCUCUUCCUUUUGAUGUUCUCGGCCAUGGCGGUGAAAAAAGCGGCGGAGUCCUUCUCCAAGGCGCUGGCCGACGAGGUGCAGCGCUGGGGAGGCAUGAAGCAGACCGGGGUGAGCCUCCGCUACAUGAUGGAGUUCGGCGCCCGCCCCACCCAGAAGAACCUCCUCCUCUCCGCGCAGUUCCUCCACAAGGAGCUCCCCACGCGGAUCGCCCGCCGGGCCAUUGAGUUGGAGGCCCUGCCCUUCGGCUUGUCCGACGAACCCGCCGUCUUGAAGGUCAGAGACUGGUAUCUGGAUUCUUUUCGUGAUCUUCGAUCAUUUCCAGAAAUCAAAGAUACAAGUGAUGAAUUAGCUUUCACUCAAAUGAUUAAGAUGAUCAAGGUGAGGCAUAACAACGUUGUACCGGCUAUGGCUUUAGGUGUACAGCAGCUGAAGAGAGACAUGAACCGCAAGGUCGUGCCGGAAGAACUCGAAGAGAUUCAUCAAUUUCUUGACCGUUUUUACUUGUCAAGAAUUGGGAUCCGUAUGCUUAUAGGGCAGCAUGUGGCUUUGCAUGAUCCUGAUCCAGAACCAGGAUGUAUUGGUCAAAUAAACACUGGACUUUCUCCAAUGCUAGUGGCCCAACUUGCUAGUGAGGAUGCCCGCAGUAUUUGUUAUCGGGAAUAUGGGAGCGCUCCUGAGGUUAACAUAUAUGGAGAUCCAAAUUUCACCUUCCCGUAUGUGCCAUCACAUUUGCAUCUCAUGGUCUUUGAGUUGGUAAAGAACUCUCUGCGUGCAGUUCAAGAACGUCACAUGAAUUCUGACAAGGAUGUCCCCCCUGUUAGAAUUAUUGUUGCUGAUGGGAUAGAGGAUGUCACAAUAAAGAUUUCAGACGAAGGGGGAGGAAUACCGAGAAGUGGCCUUCCAAAGAUUUUCACGUAUCUCUAUAGCACUGCAAAAGAUCCACCAGAUGAAAACUACAAAGGAGUCUCAAACGGUGUAACUAUGGCUGGUUAUGGUUUCGGGCUCCCAAUUAGUCGUCUAUAUGCUCGUUAUUUUGGUGGUGAUUUGCAAAUCAUCUCUAUGGAAGGAUAUGGCACCGAUGCAUACCUACAUUUGUCUCGACUGGGAGACUCACAAGAACCACUGCCAUAAGAUGAUUUCCUCAGACCAGCUGUGCCACGGCAGGAAGAACAGUUGUAGAUAAAUAUCCUCAUCCUUGCUUAAGAUUGGUUUUGAUUUCUAUUUUCCUCGCUUCGGAUGAUUGCCCACACGUAGAAGAGCUCUGGACAUACAUUUCAUGAUUGAUUCAGCACGGGGAAUCAGAAAAUUGUGGCUGGGUUCAUCUUUCAGGUUGUGCCUUUUGUGCCUGUUUGCAAAAUGACCCAUCACCGGAGAUGUUUUCCAGGUUUGCUACUUCCGAUCUCAUAGCACCCACCAUAAGAGAGGAUGCUGGAAGAAUUCAUCUUGAUGAGCGGCUUUGUCAGCUGCGCUUCCUAACGGCUGUGGUACGAUAACAUUGAUUUGAAUUUGAAUCACAAAAAAUACUCUCUCUAUUUUUA